AGGCACACGUCCUGCCCCCCGGAGCCCCGCGGGCACAGUGUUGUCCUCGCCGGGGUCACCGUCACGCGAGGGAGCGUGAGCUGGAAUUUCGGUGGACGCGUCCUCAGCCCAAGGCGCAGGUCCCAGCAGCCAUACCCACCGCCACGCCUGUCGCCCCAGCGUCCCAGCCAUGGCGGGAAGCUCUAACGUGCCCCACAAGACGUCGCUGCCCGAGGGCAUCCGGGUGGGCACCGUGAUGAGGAUUCGCGGCGUCGUCCCGGAAAAGGCCGCCAGGUUCUAUGUGAACCUGCUGUGCGGCGAGGGGCCGGGCGGGGAGGCUGCCCUCCAUUUCAACCCGCGGCUGGACGAGUCCACGGUGGUCUUCAACAGCCUGGAGCAGGGCACCUGGGGCCGGGAGGAGCGCGGCUCAGGCAUUCCCUUCCAGCAUGGGCAGCCCUUCGACGUGCUCCUCAUCGCCACCGAAGAAGGGUUCAAGGCGGUGGUCGGCGACUCGGAGUACCACCACUUCCGCUACCGGAUCCCGCCGGCGCGCGUGCGCCUCCUGGAGGUGGGCGGGGACCUGCAGCUGCAGUCGGUGAAGAUCUUCUGAGCCUCCGGGCGGGCGGCGGGGUCGGGGGUCGGGGGUCCGGGGUCCGGGGUCCCGGGCGCGGGAGGGCAAAUAAAGUUUCAGCCCGCGUGUGUGCGCCCCGUC